AUGGCAGAGCCGGCGCGUCGGCCCAACCGGCCCCCGGUGCAACUCGGCUUUUGCGGAAGAUGGGCGCCGAUGAAGUUCAAGCAGGGCUGCAUGAUCUUCGGCAACACCACGCUGGGCCACACCACGGUGAAGAUCAAAUCCCGGCGCCGAGGCGAGCUGCCGGAGGAGGAGCCGGAGCCGCAGGAUCCGCAGGAUCCGCAGGUCGAGACCGGGCCCAGCCAGGAGGUGGAGCGUCCCUUGGAGAUUGGGCAUCCAGAGGUGCAAGCGCGCGCACAGAAGCUGGCCGAGAUCCUCGGCACCGGCGGUGCGUUGGCGCCCCCGGGCUUCGGGUCUGGCCGUGUGGUGCGCCUGGAGGCGGCCAAGGCCUUCGUAGCGCGGCACCGGCGCCUCGCGGAGCUCCGGGGGCUCGACGCGGCGAAGCCGCGGGUUGUCUUCCACUGGACCCAGGAGAAGAACUUCGAGGGCAUCUCCCAGGAGGGUCUCCGCGUUCCAGACGGCGCAGGUGUUGCGGUCGCCCAUGGCAGCUCUUUUGGCGUGGGCAUCUAUGUCUCGCCGGACUUCCGCUACGGCAAGGAGUUGUUCGCCUACGGCGCCCCUGCCGGGUUCAUGUGCCUGGCGUUGCCGGGCUGUCAGCACUUCGGCAAGCCGACCGUGCCCUUCGCCGGCGGCGCCGCGGGCUUCGACAGCGUCAUCGGCCGGGAGGGCCAGCGGGGGGUGGAUGAGUGGGUCUUCUUCCGCAGCGAUCAGCUGCUGCCGUGCUUUCUGCUCGAUGAGCUUGGGCUCGUUCUGGCCAAAGAUGCCGCCCACCAGGCCAUGAAGGUGUUGCACCAGCCCUGGACAGAAAAGGAGGCCGGCCAGGCCGACCACGUCGCCCCGAUUCCGUACAGCACGGGGCGAUGGCAGCGCCGCUUCUCGGCUUCGCGAUCCGAGGGAUCCGCGGAACUCUGCGCGGAGAGUUUGAAGAACGAGGUGUGCAAGGAGUCCCGGCGCUGGAGAGAUCGCACAGCUGAGAAGCGGUGA